AUGUCUUAUAAUGGCAAGCAUCAAUUUACCCAUACAACUUCGCGAAGGCGUGCUUCCGUGGUUUAUGGAUCUAUGGGAAAGGCAGGUCUUUUCCUACCUGAAGAUUUCGUUGAACCAAAAAAAAAUACUUCUAUCGAAACUGGGGAUAAUGGUGCAAACGAAAGUACAUCGCUGAUAGAGCCGGCCGUUAGCAAAGGUAGUACUCGUAGGUAUUCAAGAGAAAUACUCGAAGAUGAGAGACAACUUUUAGAGAGUAACCAUAUCCCAUACGGAGGAACGGACGAAGGCAUCGUUGAAAAUUUUGAACAUGCUAUUAUUGAUAAACGUAUUACAUCGAGCAAAUUAGCUGAACUCAAGUGGUUGAUGAAAUCUUCAAUUCCCUUGGUCGCUACCUUCCUUUUAGAAAUAUCAUUUCCUACAGUCUCAGUUUUUGCUGUUGGUCAUAUUGGUCCUACUGAAUUAGCUGCUGUUUCAAUCGGCGCAAUGACGGUUAACAUGACUGGUUAUGCUACAAUCCAGGGACUUGCAACUGCUCUAGAUACUUUAUGCCCACAAGCGUUUGGUGCUGGGAAAUAUAAAUUAGUCGGCUCGUAUUUUCAAAAAUGUACAGCAUUAAUUUCAGUGGUCAUGAUUCCUAUCAUUAUUGCAUGGAUAUUUUUUGGAACUUCAAUCAUUAUGUUCUUAGUUCCAGAGGAGGAAACUGCAAGGCUUUCUGCGGUGUACUUGAAAUUUAUUGCACCUGGGAUUCCGGCGUAUAUCCUCUUUGAAACCGGUAAGAGAUUUUUGCAAGCACAAGGAGUAUAUCAUAUCUCGACUUAUGUUCUUUUGGUAACGGCUCCUUUAAAUGCGGUCAUGACUCUUUUAUUUGUAAAGCAUAUUGGUUACCUAGGUGCUCCUAUUGCAGUCUCAAUCAACUUCUGGAUUAUGGCAUUUGGACUACUUGUUUGCACUAUAUAUUUUGUGAAACCAGAAUCAACACCAGCAAAUAUACAUCCGAUGGAAUGCUGGAAUGGUCUUAAUAUUGAAGAUGCAUUUUCGUCUUGGGGAAAGUUGAUUACUUUGGCUAUUCCAGGAUUAGUCAUGCUAGAAGCCGAAUUUCUCGCCUUCGAAAUCUUGACUCUUUUAGCAGCAUAUCUAGGAACAUUGGAAGUUGCUGCGCAAUCGAUUGGAACUAACGUUGCUUCAAUGAUGUAUCAGAUUCCGUUUGCAAUUAGUAUUGCUGCGUCUACGAGAAUAGCUAAUUAUUUGGGUGCUGGUUUGGCUGAUUCUGCGAGGAAAGCUACUCAAGCUGCUCUAGGUUUUGGUAUUUGCGUUGCUUUUAUGGAUUUUUUUAUAUUAUUCAUUUUUCGAAGUCAGAUAGCUCAUCUUUAUACCAACGAUGAGAAUGUUUUGAAAAUUGUUGAUAAGGUAAUGUGGUUAAUUGCCUCUAUGCAAGUAUGUGACACUAUGAACGCGGUAUCAGCGGGUUGCUUAAGGGGUCAAGGUCAAACUAAAAUAGGAGGUAUUGUUAAUUUCCUUUCCUACUACGUUGUUGGUGUUCCAUUAGCCUUGUAUCUUGCAUUUUAUUCGCCAAUUAAAGGCUCCUUAGAUGGACUUUGGAUCGGCUGCUGGUCUGCAUUAACAAUUAUUGCAGUCACUCAGAGUUAUUAUUCAUUGGCUGUAAACUUUGAAAAGUUAUGCGACGAUGCGAAGCACAGGAAUGAUGAAACUCCGUAA